AUGGGUUCCAAUGCAAGUAUUAUGCUACAACAAGAAGAUUUACAAAAUAUCUGUCAACAAACAGGUUUCACGACAAAGCAAGUCCAACGACUUUAUAGUCGUUUCAAAACAUUGGACAAACGCGAUUGUGGAUUUUUAACACGCGAAGAUCUUUUGUGCAUUCCAGAAGUGAACAUCAACCCAUUGGGUGAACGAUUAAUCGAUGUCAUCAUGAAUGAUUAUGGUGAAAACAACAAAAUCAAUUUUAAACAAUUCAUUUUUCUACUCGCGAAAUUUCGCCAUGGAAAAGUCAAAGCCUCCACAACAGAAUUCAAUACACGUGAAUGCAAACUACGAUUUUUAUUUGAUAUGUAUGACAGGAACCAUGAUAUGAAAAUAGAUCGAAAUGAACUAUUAGAAGUUUUGAAAAUGAUGGUCGGAGGUAACAUUCAUGAGGAACAGAUCGCAACAAUAGCUGAUCAUACAAUCAGUGAACUAGAUAAAGAUGGUGAUAAGUCGAUAACAUUUGAAGAGUUUUGUAAAACACUUGAACGUAUUGAUGCUGAUGAUAAGAUGAGCAUGAAAUUUUUAAGUUGA